GAGCACAGGCUGAGACCACACCGCACCUUCGCAGGUUGAAGGGUGUAGAUUAUUAGGGCUCAAAAUGAACCUAAAAGUAUACACUACAAUAGCACAUUUAUAAGUAACCGUAUGCACGGAUAUUAUGGCGGGAGGUGCCAUGGAAAAGCCAUGGUCAGAGAGAGGGAAGAUGUGCAAACAAAUAAUAAUUUGAAGGCAUUCCUCAGCUUUGGCUCCCUCAUCUUUUGUACCUCACUUAUGCAAGACGCAACAACAGCUAUUGUAAAAGAAAAGCGUUUAGCAGAGAAGAAAACUGAAAAAGGGGGCAGAGCAGCAGGAUGAGGAGGACAUUUGACAGAUAAAAAGAGGGAGCUCUGCAGCAGGAUCCCCACCGUGCUGAACACAGGACUGCGUGACUGGUCUGUGCAAGCAGAGAGAGGAGAGAGGAGAGAAGGGAGGAAGGUAGGAAAGAAAGCAGGGGGAGGGGAGGCAAUUCAGCGCAGUGAAAGCUGACUGGAUGAGUAGCAGCCGCGGCACAGGCAGCAGCAUCAGCACCACUAGCUGUAGCAUCUUUCUUUGUGGCUGCUGGAGGCUGUCCUGUGGCUGUUGUAGCAUUAACAUAAUCCAUUUACAAACACGUAUAUCUGGACACAGACGUCCUCACUGCUUGCUGCCUUAUACACACCAAUAUCGUGGUGGCCACCAGAGAAGAGGUAGUAUGUGACGGGGUUUGGGGGACAGAGGGACACAGGAAGAGGAAACGGGGACGAGUGGUGGUCGUGCAAACGGGAGGAGGGCUGGAGCGACGCCGACUAGAACAGCAGCAACAGCAGCAGCAGUAGCAGCAGUAGCAGCGGCACCAUGGCACAAGCCGCCAAGCAACUCCGUAAGACCAAGGACCUCGCAGAGGCUGCCGCCCAGGAGCAGAGGGAGAAGGAGGAGGAAAAGAUCAAAAAGAGGAAUCGGUCCAGGGACCGCAGGCGCAAGGCCGAUGCAGCCACCAGCUUUCUGCGUGCAGCUCGCUCAGGGAACCUGGACAAGGCUUUGGAUCACUUAAAAAAUGGACUCAACAUUAACACAUCUAAUCAAAAUGGUCUCAACGGGUUACACCUGGCCUCUAAAGAAGGGCACGUCAAAAUGGUCCUGGAGCUAUUGCACUCUGGCAUUGAACUGGAAGCCACCACCAAGAAAGGGAACACAGCUCUCCAUAUCGCAGCGCUGGCAGGGCAGGAGAAAGUGGUGGCUGAGCUUGUCAACUAUGGUGCCAACGUUAAUGCCCAGUCACAUAAAGGGUUCAGUCCUCUCUACAUGGCAGCACAGGAGAAUCACUUAGAGGUGGUCAAGUUCCUGCUCGAGAACGGUGCCAAUCAGAGUCUCCCAACUGAGGAUGGCUUCACUCCACUGGCAGUAGCCCUGCAGCAGGGCCAUGAAAAUGUUGUGGCACUGCUCAUCAACUAUGGCACCAAGGGCAAGGUCCGCCUCCCUGCACUGCACAUCGCCGCACGAAACGACGACACGCGCACUGCCGCAGUGUUGCUACAGAACGACCCUAACGCUGAUGUUCUCAGCAAGACUGGUUUCACACCUCUCCAUAUUGCAGCCCACUAUGAGAAUAUGAGUGUAGCCCAGCUGCUACUGAACAGAGGAGCCAAUGUAAACUUCACCCCCAAGAAUGGCAUCACACCCCUUCAUAUAGCCUCCAGGAGGGGCAAUGUGAUGAUGGUCAGACUACUGCUAGACAGAGGAGCACAGAUUGAUGCCACAACUAAGGACGAGCUGACUCCUCUCCACUGUGCAGCCAGGAAUGGUCAUGUUCGCAUCAUUGAGCUUCUGUUGGAACACGGUGCUCCCAUCCAGGCUAAAACCAAGAAUGGUCUGUCCCCCAUCCACAUGGCAGCUCAGGGGGAUCACAUGGACUGUGUCAGGCAGCUACUGCAGUACAACGCUGAGAUUGAUGAUAUCACGCUGGACCAUUUAACACCUCUUCAUGUAGCAGCCCACUGUGGUCAUCAUCGGAUGGCCAAAGUCCUACUAGACAAGGGGGCCAAAGCCAAUGCACGAGCUCUGAAUGGCUUCACACCUCUCCAUAUCGCCUGCAAGAAGAACCACAUGCGGUCCAUGGACCUGCUGCUUAAGCACUCUGCUUCCCUGGAAGCUGUUACAGAGUCUGGUCUCACUCCUCUUCAUGUAGCUGCAUUCAUGGGCCAUCUGAACAUAGUGAAGAACCUGCUCCAGAGAGGGGCUUCACCUAAUGCUUCCAAUGUGAAAGUGGAGACUCCCCUCCACAUGGCCUCCAGAGCAGGACACUGUGAAGUUGCUCAGUUCCUGCUGCAGAACGCAGCACAAGUGGAUGCCAGGGCUAAGGAUGACCAGACACCACUACACUGUGCGGCCCGCAUGGGCCACAAGGAGCUUGUCAAGACGCUCCUUGAGCACAAGGCCAGCCCUGACUCGGCUACAACUGCGGGCCACACACCGUUACACAUAUCUGCACGUGAAGGACAUGUCCACACUAUUCGAAUCUUAUUGGAUGCUGGGGCACAGCAGAUCAAGAUGACAAAGAAAGGCUUCACUCCCCUCCAUGUGGCCUCUAAAUAUGGGAAGGUGGACGUGGCUGAGCUCCUUCUGGAGAGAGGGGCCAAUCCUAAUGCGGCUGGGAAGAACGGUCUGACACCCCUUCAUGUGGCUGUCCAUCACAACAACCUGGAUGUUGUUAGACUCCUGGUCAGCAAGGGAGGAUCUGCACACAGCACUGCCCGAAACGGAUACACAGCCCUGCACAUAGCGGCCAAGCAGAACCAAAUAGAGGUGGCCAGUUGUCUGCUGCAGAAUGGGGCAACACCCAAUUCCGAGUCCCUCCAAGGCAUCACGCCCCUACACCUGGCUUCUCAGGAGGGGCGGCCCGACAUGGUGGCCCUGCUCAUCUCCAAACAGGCCAACGUUAAUCUGGGAAACAAGAAUGGGUUGACCCCUAUGCAUCUUGUGGCUCAGGAAGGUCAUGUGGGAAUUGCUGACACGUUGGUCAAACAGGGAGCUUCCGUUUACGCUGCCUCACGGAUGGGCUACACACCCCUUCAUGUGGCCUGUCACUAUGGCAACAUCAAGAUGGUGAAGUUCCUCCUGCAGCAGCAGGCUCAUGUGAAUAGCAAGACAAGGAUUGGCUACACCCCUCUGCACCAGGCAGCUCAGCAGGGCCAUACUGAUAUUGUCACCCUGUUGUUAAAACACGGAGCCCAGCCCAAUGAGAUUACUUCAAAUGGGACCUCUCCCCUGGGUAUUGCUAAGCGGCUGGGUUACAUCUCUGUCAUUGAUGUGCUCAAACUGGUUACCGAGGAGUCCGUCUCCGCAAUCACUACAGAGAAGCACCGGAUGAGUUUCCCUGAGACAGUAGAUGAGAUUUUGGAUGUUUCAGAAGAUGAAGGGGUUGCCCAGCUAACUUUAGGAGACGAGUUGCUCGGGAUGGACGGGGCACGCUAUUUGAAGCUUGAUGACUUCAAGGACCAGGACGAUGACUUCCUCUCCCCAAAGAAAACCCUUAGAGACUUUGAGGGUGGCAUGGGUACCACGCCAUAUUCUCCUGCCAUUCCCAGGAUCCCUUGUGUGUCCCCAGAGACUGUACUGCUGGAUCAGCACACGCCUAUCCCCCUGCCAAAGGAGUAUGAUGAAGACUCUCUUAUCCCGAGCAGCCCGGCCACGGAGACUUCAGACAACGUUAGCCCUGUGGCUAGCCCUAUUCACACUGGCUUCCUGGUGAGUUUUAUGGUGGAUGCCCGAGGCGGCUCCAUGCGAGGCAGCAGACACCACGGCCUGCGAGUUAUCAUUCCUCCUCGAACCUGCACCGCACCAACACGCAUUACCUGCCGUCUGGUUAAACCUCAGAAACUGACCACACCUCCUCCGCUGGUGGAGGGGGAGGGGCUUGCUAGCCGUAUCAUCUCCCUAGGGCCAUCAAGUAUGCAGUUCCUUGGGCCAGUAAUAGUGGAAAUCCCCCACUUUGCCUCACUGGGCCGAGGGGACCGAGAGCUUGUGGUCCUCCGCAGCGAAAAUGGCUCAGUGUGGAAGGAACAUCGCAAUCGCUAUGGUGACGAAGUGCUGGAAACUAUUCUGAAUGGCAUGGAUGAAGACUUGGAGAGUCAAGACGAGCUGGAGAAGAAGAGAAUCCGUCGGAUCAUCUCCACUGACUUCCCCCUCUACUUCGCUGUGGUCUCCCGCAUUCAGCAGGAGAGCGAUCUGAUCGGUCCAGAGGGCGGUCGGUUGAACACUAAGCUGGUGCCCCAUGUCGAGGCCAUCUUCCCUGAGACGGCAGUCACCAAGAGAGUGAGACUGGGGCUGCAGGCGCAGCCAAUCCCUGAUGAACUGCUGACUCGGCAUCUUGGAAACCAAGCAACCUUCAGCCCAGUGGUUACCAUCGAACCACGCCGACGCAAAUUUCACCGUCCAAUCGGGUUACGCAUCCCUUUGCCACCAUCCUGGCGGGAGAGUCCUCGGGAUGCUGGGGAGGGGGACACCACCAGCUUGCGCCUCCUCUGCAGUGUCAUUGGUGGCACUGCACCAGCCCAGUGGGAGGACAUCACCGGAACCACUAAGCUAAUGUACGCCCACAACUGUGCCAACUUCACCACAAAUGUUUCUGCGAGAUUCUGGCUGACAGACUGUCCACGCACGGCAGAGGCAGUGACCUUUGCCAAUCUGCUGUACCGCGAGCUGAUGUCUGUUCCAUAUAUGGCCAAGUUUGUUAUUUUUGCUAAGAUGAAUGAAGCACGUGAGGGACGCUUGCGUUGUUACUGCAUGACAGAUGACAAGAUGGACAAAACACUGGAGCUGCAUGAAAACUUCACCGAAGUGGCCCGCAGUCGUGACAUUGAGCUGAUGGAGGGCAUGCCGCUGCACUUGGAGUGUUCUGGAAACCUCGUGCCCAUCAGAAAGGCCACCCAGCAGCCUCGCAGCUUCAGUUUCCAGGCCUUCAGAGAUAACCGGCUGCCUGUCUCUGUCAAGGUCAGAGAUAGCAACAAGGAGGCCGCUGGGUUUUUGUCCUUUCUGCGGAAGUGCACCAAGUACGAGGACACACAGCACGUACUGUGUAACCUGAACAUAACCAUGCCACCCUGCAUCAAGGUUGUUGGAAGUGAGGAGCGCAGGCGAACCUUAACCCCCCUCGCCCUGAGGGAGCGCUACAGUGCUCUGAACGAGCCUGGUGCGGCCACAGUCAAUGCCAUGGAAAGAACUGAGAUCAAGAUCAACAUCAUAUCUGAACAGCUGGGUUUGAGCUGGGCAGAGUUGGCACGGGAGCUUCAGUUUAGUGUGGACGACAUCAACAGGAUCCGUGUGGAGAAUCCCAACUCCCUGCUGGACCAAAGCUCUGCCCUGCUCAACCUGUGGGCCAGCAGAGAAGGCAAAAGAGCCAAGAUGGAGAGCUUGUACACGGCUCUGAAAAACAUUGACCGUGCAGACAUUGUAACAUCUCUAGAGGGUCAGGCUCCACAGCCAGUCCCCGGUUAUCCAGAGGAGGGUGCCUGUCGACUAGGCAGCCGCGACUCCACCCUGCUGUCCCCCAGUGUCCUCAAUGAGGUCACGGACACAAGGCGACCGCGCCUAGUGCACAAGCCACGAGUUAUUAGACCCCCGUUUUUCAGAAGGGGUUAUGGGCUGGUGCAGGACGAGCUGCUGUCCCCGGCCUCCAUGCAGUACAGUUUGCCCUCCCCGCUGGGCGCAGAGCCCUACUGGCAGGAAGUCUCCAGCCUCGAGUGUGCCCCCAUCGCCACCACCGAGGAAGACACAUUAAUGGAGAUGUCGGACGUUCAGGUGUGGCCAGCAGGGGUCAGCCCCUCGUUGGUCACAGUGGAGGACUCGUCACUAGAGGGCAGCAGUCGGGCUGACGACUCCGAGGGCGCCACGCUCUCCCUUCCCUGCAGCUUGGGUCGCCCGGGCAGUACAGCCAGUGGGGCCAGUGGCUCCAUCAUGGAGCUGGAGGAGGAGGAGGAUGAGGAAGAAGGGGAGGUUGAGGAGGAGGAGGCGCCACAGGAGCCAGCAACUGUACUGGCAGAAUGGGACAGGGUGAGGGCCAGUGGCGCCGUUCCUAAGGUCAACCUAAACGGCCAGCUGGGAGGUCAGAGGUUGGAUGGGAGGAGAGGGGAGGUCCUCGCAGCAGGAGGAGGAACACAAGGAGGAGGUGGAGGUGGAGGUGUAGGGUUGGGUUCAGUGGAAGGGAUUUCUGUUGUUGCAGGCCAGCAGGUGUAUGCCCAGCGGUGUGAGGUGUCGGGACUGAGUCGGGCUUCGGAGCAUAAUGGCGACAACCGGGUGGUGGGAGGCGGAGCAUUUCAACCCUACUUACCGGACAAGGACUCCCUGCAGGGCUGGGUGGGCUCGGUGUCAUCAGGACGUGACGGCAGAAUGCGAGGCUUGCGCGUGGCCCAGGAGGCUCUGCUGACUCCGAGAGAGGAGAAAGAAGACUAUGCUGCUGAGGCGCAGUUUGUUGAUGAACACGGACGCGUGCUUGCCAGAAAGGUGAGGUUGGAUGUGAAAAGGGGCGCUCAGUCAGCGCAGCGCACCAGUCUGCGGAGAGUUAAACACUGAAAUACACAUACUACCCAGUCCUCCAGGACCAGAAAGCCACUGCCAAAUCAUCCUCCACAAAAACACAACCAGACCGCAGAAGAAAAUGAGCAAGGGGAGAAGAGGAAGAGUAAGACAAAGACUAAGAAGUGCAAACUACAAAAUGACAAACACAGAAUCAUCCUCAAUGUGUGACCAUGGAGCACCACAAAUGAAAAGAGACAGUGGGAAAAAAAGAGGAGUUCAAGUUGUAGUUUUAUAACAUUUGUAAAGAAAAAUAUCAACUAGACUAAGGCAUGAAUCUUCUUCUCUUUUUUUUUUACAAAAAAAACAUAAAUGUCAGUAAAACAACUAAGAAAAAAACGUGCUUCCUGUGAACUGUAAUCGCAUGAUGACUGCUGGUGCAUGCCCUCUGACCUUUUGAACUGUCAUUAUCUACAAACUGAAGGGGUACAAGGUAGGGGCUGGCCCACGCUUGGGCCGCAGGCCAUUUUAAGGACCUUAUUCCCCCCAACUGGAGUGGUUUGUGUUUGCAAGUUGAGUCAAUAACACUACAGCCCAAAAAAAAAAAAAAAAGGUCCCGCAGUGGAUGGUUUCUGUAUACAGCUAAGCUUCUGCUGAGUCUACCCAUGCUUCUUUCACUGGACCCUUUCCCUUAUUAUUCUCAAUGUGAUAUAUGCACUCUAUGCUUCGUGGACAUGUGUCAGUGUGUGUAUGUGUGCGUAUGUGUGCGUGUAUUCUUCUCUGACAUGUGU